AUGGCAUUAUUAAAGCCCUUCCUUAGUAGGACUUUUUCAAGCUUUUUUGCUACUAUCACUGGUGGUAGAAAUUUGAUAGACAGUAUAGAAGAAUUAAUCACCACUAAUUACUGGUUAAUAUUUGUCAUGAUAAUUGUAUGUACCUGUAGUGCACCUUCCAACGGAGCAUUCUUUCUUAAUGACCCUUAUGGAUAUCCUUUUGUAUCACUACAAGACGAUAGCAUCGAAUCCAAAGUCAAAUAUUAUCUGGAGAAAAUUCAAAAAUUUGAAGCUAAGCAACAUCCAGAGGAAAUCCGUCAACAACAUACCACAAAAGAUUCCGAAGCGAUAAAGGGCGAUUUACAAACUGCAAUAGAAGUUGCGAAAUUUGAAAAACGACAAAAAGAUAGCAUUACAUUAAACCCGGAAGAAAAUGGUCAAUACUAUGAAGGUGACAUUGUUUUGGACGCACAACAAGCUCAUGAAAUCUAUGAAAGUAUGAUACAGCAUGGACGGCGUACAAAACGAAAAUUUAUCCGUUCCGAAUUACGUCGAUGGGAUUCACACAAACCGAUUAUUUACAGUUUCGACGGGUCACAUACUAUACGUGAACAACGAGUAAUCGAGUUAGCGCUUGAACAUUGGCACAAUAUAACAUGUUUGAAUUUUGAGCGUAGAGAUGAUGAGAUUCAGGAAAACCGAAUUGUUUUUACGGAUGUAGAUGGAUGCGCAUCCAAUGUUGGCAGACAUCCUCUUGGUGAACCACAAUUUGUCUCAUUGGCACCAGAAUGCAUUCGAUUAGGAGUGAUAGCACAUGAAGUGGCACAUGCAUUAGGUUUUUGGCAUGAGCAAUCGCGACCUGAUCGUGAUAAUUAUGUUACGGUUCGCUGGGAAAAUAUUGAUCGUGAUAGCAAGGGACAAUUUCUAAAGGAAUUACCAACUGAUGUAGAUAAUGGUGAUGUACCAUAUGAUUAUGGUAGUAUUAUGCAUUACAGAAGCAAAGCAUUUGGUCGAUAUGAGGAUUUGUUUACAUUGAAUACUAAUAUAAUGGAUUAUCAAAAGACUAUUGGACAACGAGAUCAAUUAUCAUUCAAUGAUAUCCGUCUUAUGAAUGUAAUAUAUUGUAGUGAUUCAUGUGCACAAAAAUUACCAUGUCAACGUGGUGGUUAUACGGACCCAAGGAGAUGUGGACGAUGUCGUUGUCCAGAUGGAUUCACUGGAAAACUUUGUGAACGGAUAAUGCCAGGAUUUGGAGCAGAUUGUGGUGGCCGCAUAGAAUUGACGUCUAGUUGGAAGCGUAUUACAAGUCCAAAUUAUCCCCGAGAUUUUAAAGAGGGACAAGAAUGUAGCUGGCUUCUUGUGGCUCCACCUGGUCAACGUGUACAGUUACGCUUCUAUGGUGAAUUUGAGAUGUACUGCAAAGUGCGGCAUUCACUUUGCAUGGAUUAUAUCGAAAUACGUAAUUCAACUGACUUUGCUAAUACAGGAAUGAGAUACUGUUGCUACGGGACUCCAAAAUCAUCGAUUAUGUCAGCUACUGAGGAUAUGUUAGUGCUCUUCCGAUCAUUCUAUCGUGGUGGCAAAGGUUUCCAGGCGCAGGUACGCGCGCUACCAACAACCGUGUUCAACACUCGAACGGUGAGGUCUAUGGAUGAGUUUAAUGCAAAUUUAAACAAGCAUGUAGUGGCAGAUUCGUAG